GCUGUGUAUAUAAUUCAUGUCCUUAUUAUGUGAGGCCCUUUCCUCUUUUUCUAACUUUUGCUUUCUCUUCCCUCCCAAUUUUCUCUCUAUCUCUUUUAUUUUUUGAUCUCUGACCUAAUUGUCUCUCUUCUGUUCUCAUCAAUAUCACCACUCAUCUCCACCAAGAACCACCCACAACCUUGAGAACAUCCCUCUAAAUUUAUUGGGUCUUUCUCAUCUUCUCGUGCCCCAUCACCUAGAUCUGUCUGUCUAUACACUCAUUGUUUGACGAAAAACAAAAUAACACUGGGAAGUUUUGUCAUAGCUGAGCUGACUCUAGCUAGAGGAUAAUAAGCACAUCAUCCACAUCCAGAACAAGAAAAGAGAGAGGGAGUUUUUCAUUGGUUCUCUGGAUCCAGAUAAAUCAACAUGACUCCAGUUAAUUUGGCAGGCCAGUUUGGUGACACCACAUACACUAAGGUGUUUGUUGGUGGCUUGGCUUGGGAGACUCAGAAAGAGACCAUGAAGAAGUAUUUUGAGCAAUUUGGUGAGAUCUUGGAGGCUGUUGUCAUCACUGACAAAGCCACCGGAAGAUCUAAAGGCUAUGGAUUUGUUACUUUUCGUGAACCAGAAGCUGCCAUGAGAGCUUGUGUGGAUGCUGCUCCUGUAAUCGACGGUAGGAGAGCUAACUGCAACCUUGCUUCUUUGGGUGUCCAGAGAUCUAAGCCUUCAACCCCAAAGCAUGGAGGAGCAGGGAGGAAUUUUAGGGUAAUGGGUUCUUUCCAGACAGGAUUUGGAGGGGGAGUGGGAUCGGCUUUUCCUUCAGCAGCAACCUUCCCUCAUUAUGCCAUCCAGCAAGGGAUACCUUAUAAUGUUUAUGGGUACUCUCCUUACUCGCCGGAUUACACUUACCCUACGAGCUACUAUAGUGUAUAUGGAGGAGCAACAGCACAGUACCCAGUUUAUGGAAGCGGACCAGGAGGGAUGAUGACGGGAGCCGCAGCGUUCUACCCUUAUCUGCAGUACGGUGAAGGGAGUGGCGGCGGCACUACCGGCGGCUACACUUCCGGUCAGGGUUAUAGUGUGAACUACCCACCUCAGCUCUUUCAGUAUUCCCCCAUUGCCUCAACUGGUGGCUACGCCCAGCACUAUGGAACACCCAUGUCCCUUGCCCCUUCCCCUGCCUUGCAAUCAGUGUGUUUUGCUGUGCCGCAGGCGUGACGAUGGCUCUUCAAGCUCCAAUUCCUCAUCGCUAGAGACUCAUCUCAAACUAGCUGUGUCAAAACUUCCCAGUCGCUUCUUGAAGUCUCUCAUAAACCUUUGGCCUAACCAUGGUGCUCUCUUUCACACACGCACUCUUUCACUAACACAAAAGAAGUCCAUCAAUGGCAUUUGGGCUUUUCCUCGCAUAAGAGGCCCCCCGUAGGGGCUUAAAUGUUCCUCCACAUUUGGAGAAUCAUGCAUUCCUUUUUCUCAAAAAAAAUGUUGCAUCUUCUUGAAUGAAAGGUUCCUUCAAGAGAACCAAAGAUGUCUAUCACCAACACAAGCUAUCGGAAAUAGCUUAGUUGGAAAAAGAAUAGCAAAACUUGGCCCUGGAAAGGCUAAGCCGAAGAACCAUCUUGUUUAACUUGGGCCCAAGACGGGCUAAGUAAAAGUACAGAAUGGUUUCAAAAAUUGUAAAUUGGAAAUCACAGAUAGCUAGCUCAUCAACUAGAAAUUAAGUUAGUUCUGCAAAAAUAGGUUUUCCCUCCAAUCACCUCUGGAUGAAGAGGAACUUUUAGCAACCGUGGACAUUGGAUGUCCCAGCUUUUUUGUAUGGUAACAUCUAGCUAGUCUUAGGCUUUAGUGUUAGGAUCAGUCAUGUCUUCAUAAAUAUGCUUUAUCAACUUCAUUUCAAUUUUCACAAAAAAAGGGGUUUAACCAACCAAUCGAUUAACUAAUCUUCCCUUUGGGUAAGGGAAGCCAAUAUCUAACUAAUGUUUUUUUUCCCUGUAAAUUCAUUGCGGCUAAACUAUGGAAGUUUAAGCCCAAUUUACUAAUCUUUAGGAGGGAUAGUAUUUUAUUUUCCCACUUAGCAUAUGUAGUACAUUUCAUCAUCAUCUUGAGAACUACAUCAAUGGAUGUGGAACUCAAAACACUUGCAUGUAACCUUGGGAGAUAUUUUGGUUCCCUUGGGUACUUCACUUACUCACCAACCAUGGUUAGGACAUAGGUGAAUCUCAUCACUCUCUACCUCUCUCCUUUUUAUCACUUCUCCCUGCUUUCUCUCUGGAAACUUUCACAUCGAGAUGGACCUUGAUACUCUAUUAAUUAUAUGUUUAAGCCUAUAUGGUUUGGAUUGUAAUUAGGAAUGCUAAAUUAGGAGGAUUUCAUUCUCUACCUAUGCUGGAUGAGAAUGGAUUUGCUUCUACUAUGUCUUUAAUUUGAUACUAUGCUUGCUUUUAUUCGACCUAUAUAAGUAAAUCAAUUUAAUGCUUCGCGCAAUGUUCAA